ACCCUAACCGGGCGAAGGGGGUUGACCGGGCCUGCCCACAGCAAAUGUCUUCUGUGUGGACUUGUGUUGCUGUUAGAUAGUUUCAGACCUGAUCACCAGCUGACUUCUUCUCUGGCUUCUCUGUUAGACGGACAGAAGGCUGAAACUCAAGAUGAGGGUUUGGAUCUUCUUCUUGAUCUGCCUCGCUGGCAAGACCCUGGCUGCUCCAACUGAAGAGGAGCCAACUGUUGAAGAGGAGCUGGAAGUGGGAGCCAACCCAGUCCAGGUGGAGACAGGAGAAUUUGAUGAGGCCAUUGAAGUUGUGGAGGAUGUUAUUGCUGAGAACCCCUGCCUAAACCAUCACUGCAAGAAAGGCAAGGUGUGCGAGGUCGAUGACAGCAACGAGCCAAUGUGUGUCUGCCAGGACCCUCUGACCUGCCCCGCCCCAAUGGGAGAGUUUGAACAUGUUUGUGGCAAUGACAACAAGACAUACGAGUCCUCCUGCCAAUUCUUUGCCACCAAAUGCGCCCUGGAGGGCACCAAGAAGGGCCACAAACUGCACAUGGACUACAUCGGACCAUGCAAAUACAUUGCACCCUGCUUGGACAACGAGUUGAAUGAGUUUCCCCUGCGCAUGAGGGACUGGCUGAAGAACGUACUGGUGACCCUGUUCGAGCGUGAUGAGGACAACAACCUCCUCACAGAGAAGCAGAAACUUAGAGUGAAGAAGAUCUAUGAGAAUGAGAAGAGACUGGAGGCUGGUGAGCACUCUCUGGAUCUUUUGGCUCUGGACUUUGUGAAGAACUACAACAUGUACAUCUUCCCAGUUCACUGGCAAUUCGGCCAGCUUGACCAGCACCCCGCUGAUGGGUUCUUGUCUCACACUGAACUGGCCCCUCUGCGUGCUCCUCUCAUCCCAAUGGAGCACUGCACCACCAGUUUCUUUGAGCAGUGCGAUGCUGACCAAGACAAGUACAUCGCUCUUGAGGAAUGGGCCAACUGCUUUGGAAUUAAAGAGCAGGAUAUCGACAAGGACCUUGUCAUCUAAAGCAUGUCUAAUACUGACACUUCCUAGUUACUAUUGGGACGAGGUGCUAACCCUUAAAUUAAAAUCAAAGUAACGGUGCUAAUCGCGAUUUCUAACAACCUGCAUAUACCACUAAACAUUCAUAAUGUUUAAAAAGUGCACAAUUCAUCACACUGCCCAUUUUUAGUCUGAAGUUUGCCAAAUAGAUGUCGGAAAGGCUGAAUUAAAUAUAUGAUGAACUACGUAUGUUGACGGAUAUAUUUUUUUUGUUUCUUGAAACUCAAAAUCAGGGCUUAAAUUUAAUGUAAGUUUGGAGUUCAGAUGGUGGAAAUGUACAAAAACAAAAAUAAAGUUUCCAAAUAAAUGUUCCUUUUGCUUGCUUUAUAAACUUUUUAGUUUUGUUUGUUUCACUCUUUGGUGGUGGAGUUAUUGUUUUGAUUUCAAUCUGAAAAACGAUUUCAAUUGGAGCCCUGGAUAUCUACAGGUUGUUGUGUUUAUUUGCGUAUUGUACCUGUCAGAGAUCAGGGUAAAAUGUUGAGUGUUUUAAGAUUUGAGAAAAACAAGAAAAUAUUAUUUGAACCUCAAGAGGACGUAAUCUCGCAGGAUGAGAUUUUUCCUCCCACUAACAUGUUCACAUACGUUUGCAGUAUUUGCCACAAUGUGGGCGCUAUGCAACUCUUACAAAAUAAAAGCUACUGAAUUUUCCAAAACCA